UUGUAUAUUUUAUAUUAGGAUAACUUGUGUGUAUUUUAUUGCCCAAUCGGUCAUGCCAUAUUCAAUUGUCCAUUUUUUUGGUGACAACUCGAUUGAAACUGUGCCUGAGCAUUGGAUAGAUAAAAAAAAUGGCACUUGUGCUUGGCCUAACAAAAGUAAAACCGCUUCAUGGCUUAUUGAAAAAAAAUGUAUACCUAACGUGAUUGAGUAUACAUAUUUAAAAUGCAGAGAAUUAUAUAAAGGAAUUGAUUUAUUAGUUGAAGCUAAAAUUAAAUCUAAAAAAGCUUUGUACAUGUCUGAUUUAUCGUCUACAGAAGAAACAGUUUCAGCUAACAAACGCCAUAAAGAAAUUAUAAUAUCUUCUCCUACUUUGUCUACAAAUUCAUGCCCAUUGUUUUCAGCUAAUAUAAUAAAUUUUAGUACAAUUAUGAUUGGCUCUGAUAAUGAACAUUUUAGUAGUUGUUCUCCAUUGCCAAAAACAUUAAAUGAUUAUCCUCGUGAAGCCGUUAUUGAUGAUUCUGAAAAUAAAUUGAAGUAUAAGGAACCUAACUGUUCACUACCUGUCACAAGUGAAUCACUUAAAACCAUUGAAUAUAAUAACAAAAAUAAAAGGCAAAACGGUUGGUCGCCAUUAAAAUUGGGUAGUCCAGAUAAAAAUGUUAAAGUUCUAGAUUCAGGUAAUAGUGAGCCAAUAUUUAAAAGAAAACCAUCAUCCACAUAUACACCAACCGCAAAUUUGGAUUCAUUACGUAGUAAACAACAACUUGGUCGACCAUAUUCAAAUAUUAAUGACAACAAAAAUUCUGUAGUGCGAGAAUUAUUUCCUAACUCCAAUAAGCCUGAGGAUGAUGAAUCGUCUUUCUCACAUACUAAUUGUUUCGGUAAAAAGAAAAGUUAUCACGUAGAUCAGGAUGAUGGUCCAACUCGUGGCGUUAUAGCUGAAGUUACACCUCAACGCUAUUCAAAUGAUUUUCAAAAGCAGGUAUUACGCAUGCUUACAUACUUGACAAGUGAAAUACGAUACUUGGAAUCCGGACAGGCAGAAAUACUUAAAAAAAUCGAAAAUGCAGCAUCUAACAACAACUUCAGUAAUUCAGAAACAUUAUCAGAAAGUCUAUUCAAAGAUCUUACAGAUUGUCCAUUACCAAUUGACAAUAUAUUCGAUCUUAACAAACUUGAAGAUAAAUGUUUUCGUAACAAAUUGGUUAAUGAAUUAUUUUGCAUGGGAGGAAAAAAUUUAAAAUUAAUGGUUAAAAGAAUUAUGAAUAAAUUAUUUACUGAUCAACUUAUGUCCCAAUAUUCCUUUACUGGGAAAAAAGGGAAAAACAAAUUUAACAGUUUGUUUGUUUGUGCUGUUAUUUUCGAAUAG